UAGACAUGUAUGCUAUUAUUUAAAAAUCCAAGGUUAUAUCUGUCAAUUCAACAUCCACGUUUCUUUAUAUACUGCUUAAUUAGCUCGCAUCUCCAGCACUCUUCUCUCGCACGUCAUUCCAGCGCGAACAGAGCCUAUGUGUGUCUUAGAAGCCACAACAAACCAACCAACCAAAACAAUAACAACUGCAGCAAAUCAGCAAUGGCUGAUUUACAAGAAACCAUGGUGAUGCCCAAGGCGAUAUCUUUUCUUUCUACACUCCUCCAGCGAGUCGCUGAGUCAAACGAUCUCAACCGCCGAGUCCAGUCGCUGAAGAUAUCUGUUUUUCAUGGACUCACUAGACCCCCAAUCUCCAUCCAGAGCUACCUUGAGAGGAUCUUCAAGUAUGCCAAUUGUAGCCAGUCUUGUUUUGUGGUUGCUUAUGUUUAUCUUGAUCGGUUCGCUCAGAAACAGCCUUCUUUGCCUAUCAAUUCCUUCAACGUCCAUAGGUUGCUCAUCACCAGUGUCUUGGUCUCUGCAAAAUUCAUGGAUGACAUAUACUACGACAAUGCCUAUUAUGCCAAAGUGGGAGGAAUCAGUACAACAGAAAUGAAUCUGCUUGAGUUGGACUUCUUGUUUGGGCUGGGAUUUGAAUUAAACGUGACGCCCAACACCUUCCAGACCUACUGUUCUUUCCUUCAAAGAGAAAUGUUGAUGCAAUCUCCUCCACAACUAGCAGUAGAACUAGAACCUCCACUACAUGAACUAAAGCACCUUCACUGUUUCAAUGAAGAUGAUUCCACCACCCAUCAAAAGCAACUAGCCGUUUAAAAAAGCCUUGUUGGGAGAUUUAGGCAGUAAUGUUAGCUUUAAGCUCAUGUGAAAGUCAAAAACUCUUGUUUGACUAAGCCCGAUCGUAAAACUUGCUUAAGUUUUGUUUUGUGUGUUUUCAUUGACGUGUUCAAGAUUUUGAAGUAGUGACAAUGUACAGAUUGGCAGUUUGUCUUUACAGUCUGGCUUGCGGUUGGAUUCUCUCGGGUGGGUUUUCUUC